UCCUGGGCGUCGCGGCAGAGGGGAGUGGCCCGCGCGGAAAGCGCCGCGGGACAGUCAGCGACGAGGCCCGGGGAUCGCCGGGGCCACGACUUCUCGGAGACCGCCCUGCGCUCUCUGGAGACGCGCCGCCCGCGCCAGGGUGGUGCCAUGUGGGGCGGUCGCCGCUCAUCCGUCGCCUCCUCCCGGAACGCCGCUUCGCUCCUGCAGCUGCUGCUGGCCGCGCUGUUGGCGGCGGGGGCGAGGGCCAGCGGCGAGUACUGCCACGGCUGGCUGGACGCGCAGGGCGUCUGGCGCAUCGGCUUCCAGUGUCCCGAGCGCUUCGACGGCGGCGACGCCACCAUCUGCUGCGGCAGCUGCGCGUUGCGCUACUGCUGCUCCAGCGCCGAGGCGCGCCUGGACCAGGGCGGCUGCGACAACGACCGCCAGCAGGGCGCCGGCGAGCCUGGCAGGGCGGACAAAGACGGCCCCGACGGCUCGGCAGUGCCUAUCUACGUGCCGUUCCUCAUCGUUGGCUCUGUGUUUGUCGCCUUUAUCAUCUUGGGGUCCCUGGUGGCAGCCUGUUGCUGCAGAUGUCUCCGGCCUAAGCAGGAUCCCCAACAGAGCCGAGCCCCAGGGGGUAACCGCUUGAUGGAGACCAUCCCCAUGAUCCCCAGUGCCAGCACCUCCCGGGGGUCAUCCUCACGCCAGUCCAGCACAGCUGCCAGUUCCAGCUCCAGCGCCAACUCGGGGGCCCGGGCACCGCCGACAAGGUCACAGACCAACUGUUGCUUGCCGGAAGGGACCAUGAACAAUGUGUAUGUCAACAUGCCCACGAAUUUCUCUGUGCUGAACUGUCAGCAGGCCACCCAGAUUGUGCCACAUCAAGGGCAGUAUCUGCAUCCCCCAUACGUGGGGUACACGGUGCAGCACGACUCUGUGCCCAUGACUGCUGUGCCACCUUUCAUGGACGGCCUGCAGCCUGGCUACAGGCAGAUUCAGUCCCCCUUCCCUCACACCAACAGUGAACAGAAGAUGUACCCAGCGGUGACUGUAUAACCCAGAGUCACUGGCGGGUUCCUUUACUGAAGGGAGAGGAAGGAAGGGGUGGGUUCUCCAGGUGGACAUCCGCACAUGUCGGUGGUAUUUAUGGCACGGUUCCUUUGGAUGGCUUCAUUUACCCCCAGACUGUAUGAAAACAUCUCCAAAUGAGCAUUUCUGGGUAUGUGUCACCCAGGGUAUCGUUGGUUUAUGAUGGGAAACCGGCCUCAGCUGGAGUUGCCUGUGAUGUUGCUGAUGGGCGGGUAACAAAUGCUUGAGUCCCAAGUCCCCUUGAGAUAUGGUUGGGGAAAGAAUUUUAUAAACUGAUAAAUUAAGGGUUUUUAUUAUGUUGUUAUUAUUUCUUUUUUGUUGAGUGCACAAGAUCAAAAUGCCUGUUAUCUCCCUUUUACCUGGGCCUUUUUUUUUUUUUUUAAUGAGACAGGGUCUUGCUCUGUCGCCCAGACUGGAGUGCAGUGGUGCUAUCUCGGCUCACUGCAGCUUCAGCCUCCUGGAUUCAAGCAGUUCUCCUGCCUCAGCCUCCCAAGUGGCUGGGAUUACAGGUGCCUGCCCACACGGCUAAUUUUUUGUAUUUUUUGUAGAGAUGGGGUUUCACCAUGUUGGCUAGGCUGGUCUCACACUCCUGACCUCAAGCGAUCUGCCUGUCUCAGCCUCCCAAAGUGCUGGGAUUACAGGCGUGAGCCACUGCCCCCAGCCUGAGCCAUUAUUUUAUUUUUUUAUUUUUAUUUUUUAAAUGCAUCCAAGGUUAAGGGGAAGACACAAAUAACAGGACUAUUCUAAAAGGAAAUCUGUUUGAACUCUGUGAGAUCGGUCAUCAGCCUCAGUAUUCCACAGGCACACCUUCAUUUCAUUGUAAAAAGAUAUACAUUUUGUCUAUUUUUGUGCUUUUGGGGCCUAUUUUUGUGCUUUUUUACCUUGUGUAGAGAUCUUAUUACAAAGUGAUUUUCUACAUUAAAAAGAGACUGAAAUAAAUUGUAUAGUUACUUAACUAAUGAAGACAUUUCAGAACUCUGGGAUGAUUUUAAUCUUGAAGUAGUAGGUGGUGUAGUAUUAAAACUGUUCACCCCCUUCUUGAUUGUAUCUUAAUUUUCUGGCUUUAAGGUGACAUCUGAGAGGUAAUGCACUCUUUUUUGUAUUGAAAUCAGAAGCUGUCACCCGCUGCUUCUCUGAGUUACUUUUAAUUUUGCCUUGUGGUUACGGUUUGGGAUUUCCUUCUGUUUGGUUUUCAGAUCCCCGUGUCUAUAUAGUCCUGAGUGCAAGUAAUUACUAUACUUAUAAAUGAGGAUCAGUAUUUCUGCCUAGAUCUGAUAAAACAUUUUCUUGUUUUAGUUAUAAAAAUUCAAAGAAAUGUGUUACAAAGAUACUUAGUAUAGCUCCUUAGUCAUAACCUGAGACUUGGGAUGAAAUUUAAACCACAGAGAUGGUUUACUUUGCAGAUCAUAAGGCUUUUUAUACUCUUGUUAUCAAAAUGGCUUAUUUUUCGGGCAAUAGGGACUAUUAAGUCAAGAGAAAAGCUUUUCAAAGAAGUAUUGCCUUUCUUCUCCCACACAGUUCUUGAUUUCGUCUCUCUUUCAGGCCUCAACAGGCACUGUAUUCAUUGCCAAGGUUCCAAAUUAUCAAAUUCAAGUGAAUUUAUUUGUGUGUUGUUUAUUAUUAAAAAAAGAUAACUUUAAGGAUGUGCAAGAUUUUGUAAUUAAACAAAUCGUUGUAUGGUGUGGUCUUCUACACAUUUAUAUCUAUAGAUAUCUAUCGAUCAUCUUUCUAUUCUGUCUGUUUCAUGACUGAAUAAUGUAAAACCAUUGUUGGCAACUGGUAUCAUCAAAGAUACUCAUUUUUUAAUAGCCAAAGGCAGGGGAAAAUCAUUUUACUUAUUAAUAAAUAUUUUAUGAUGUGAA